AUGCCACAGUCGUAUAACCCGACAGUUGACGAAUUAUCCAAGGGCUUCUCGAACCUAUCGGCGAACACACAACACCCCACGUCGCCCGCGCCAUUCUCGUCAACCUUCCAGUCGACCUUCCAAUCCCCAGGCUUCACCUCAGCUUUCUCUAACAACUUCUCGAUCAACCUUGGACCGCCCAAGUUCUCAUCUAUCAACCUUCCGAACGCCGGAGUGAAUGUCCCGCAUGUCAGCUCCAAAUUUCGGCCCGCCACGGUGAAUAUGGACGCCGCCGGUGGCACUGCACCGACAGAGCCUACGCAAAACACAGACGUCGACAACGAACGUGUGCGCGAGCGACGCACCAAGUUCCGUUUCAAAUCGAAGAAGGCCUCUAGGUCCGCCUCACCGGACCGCGAGUCCCGGAACCACCGGCACCACCGCUCUUCUCGGCGCGAUCACGAUGGCCGGGAGGAAGGUGAGGAUGACGAGCACACUCGCAGCCGAGCAGGCAGCCGCCAUCGUUCCGAGCGGAGCCACCGCCGGCCGCGGCACAAGCGACCCCGGCGCGAAGAAGCCGCGGCGCCGCCACCGGGUUUUGCGGACGAAGGGCCCAUCCUGGACCCGGACGCCGCCUUCCGCGAGUCCCUGUUCGACGCCAUGGCCGACGACGAGGGCGCGGCGUACUGGGAGGGGAUAUACGGGCAGCCGAUCCACAUCUACUCCCAGGAGGUGCCGAACCAGGAGACGGGCGAGCUGGAGCGCAUGACGGACGAGGAGUACGCGGCGCAUGUGAGGCAGAGGAUGUGGGAGAAGACCCACGCGGGGCUCAUGGAGGAGAGGGCCCGGCGGGCAAAGAAGCGGGAGGAACACGCCAGGCGGGGCAAAGAGGCAGAGGCGAGGAUGGAGGAGGAGCGAAGAAUACAGCGCGAGGUGGAGAGGAGCCUGAAGCGGGGUGAGGAAAGGAGAAGGAGACGGGAAUGGACAGAGCGCUUCCGUGAGUACGGCACCAACUGGGAUGGUUGGGACGGUGAUGUGGGCAGCAUCCCCUGGCCGACGAAGAGCGGCAGGCGCCAGGAUGUUGACGAGGAGGAAGUCCGGGCCUUUUUCGUCAGGGGUUUGGACUUGGAGACCCUAGGCGAAAGGGAAUUUGCCGCGAAGCUGAAGGAACAGCGAGUGCGGUGGCAUCCCGAUAAGAUACAGCAGAAACUUGGAGGAAGAGAAAAGGCGGACGAGCGUGUCAUGAAGGACGUGACAGUCGUCUUCCAAGUCAUCGACACCUUGUAUGACGAUAUACGGGCCAAGUCCAAGUAG